GGUCUCUCUUCGCGCGACGAAUUCGCACGUCCGUCCGAUCCGGUGCGAGCGCGGUUACGUGUCUGAUCCGGAUUCCACGACGUCGAUGCGACACCGUCCGAGCGAGCCAACGAGUGUACGACGAGUGUAUAAUAAAUAACGAAUCGUUCCCUUUGUUCUCGAGAUAAACAAUCGAGUGGAGGGUGCGCGCGUGCGUAUGUGUGUGAGUGUGUGUGUGGUGUGUGUCGUUUUCGAGUGCGUGCAAGAGUGCCUCGAGAUUGAACGAGACGAAUUUUCGAGAUAGAGGAGAGCAUCGAGAAGAACGCGAUAAGAUGUCGAGUCCACGAGGUAUCGGGGGUUCUGUUCGCGAUGGCACGAGGGUCGUUCUGAAGGAGAUAACCGCAACGCUACAUAAUUCGCCACCGAUUCAUCCUGCUCGACGAAAGAACGGCAACGACAGUCUCGCGUCGAAGACUGCGGAGCAUGAGGUCAAGGUCCGUUUCGCCCGUGAAUUUGCCGACGUAGGAUCGGUGACGGAGAACCUCUGCUCAGCUCCGGAGAGUCUCUCGUCGGCCAGCAGUUUCCACAGCCUUAGCAGCACCCUCAGCACGAAAAGCAGCAGUGGCAUAUGUCCCGAUUCGACGCUUGAAAGUUCAGAUGACAUCGCGGAUACGUCUUACGUCAACUCCAACAUACCCGGUCUGGAAGAUUUGAUCGCUGCGUACGCCGACAUCCAUCUGGAAAGUGAGCGUGACGCUACCCAGGAUCUCAGUCGGGAUCAAACCUUCGAAUCGGCCACAGAUGAGACGCCGUUUCACGCGAGCGAUUGUUCCCUUAACGAGGAUCUGCCGGAUAACGCCGAUAAUCAGGCACGAGUAAUCGAGACGAGCGCCGAUUUACAUGAGACAACAUAUGUAUCGUUGAAUCAAACCGAUACUAAGAGCACGCUUCUCAUUCAAGACUCGCAAUUGCUGACUCCGUAUCCAGAGCAUGCAUCAGAUGCACCGAUAGAAGAAUCGAUCGAUAAAUGUAUUCCAUCGCAAGAAGAAAGUGAUAAUGUAGCUAAUAAAUCCGGGACAUGUGAAAUUGCAAGUAAUAUUGCUGCAAAAGACUCAUUACCGACGAAUAAUGAAAAUGAUAAUCAAUCGAACGUAACAAUCGCAAUUUCGUCUAACGAUUCAAUUCCCAAUGUGAUCAGAUUCGAUAAGGAACAGAGAGUGGAAAACAAUCGCAGCGUCGAGACAGAAAAUCCAAAAUUGUGUCCCGUCGAAGUUUCUGUUCCGUCCAUAUCUUCGUUAACGCAAUAUGCGGAAGGUUACCCUUUGUUACCCGGCAUAUCCCCAUUAUUGUUAGAAGAUACGAAUAGCAAAUCGAAGGAGAAUAAUGUACAAGAUUUAUCAAAACUUACACAAGAAAUAUCAUUAGCGGCAUUAUCGCCUUCCGAUGAUACUCAUCAAAGAUCAUGCGUGUUAUCGCAAAUAAGUAUAAACGAGCCACAAUCAGUCGUUCAGUCAGAAGAAAACAAAGUUACCAAGGAACAAGAUUUACAACAAUCGGAUAAUUGUGUUGUAUCGGAUAAUCAAGAAAACAGUGCACGAUUAUUAAACAAAACCAGUAUUAUAGAACCAAAAAUAUUGGAAGUUAAGGAAACGAAUGUCGAUAAAAGAGAUUUAGAAAUAACAAACGUAAUAUUAAGUGAAACGCAAAGUUUCUCACCUGAAAAAGAAGCAUAUAAUGAGACUCGUGUUAUAAAACAGUGUAACCCAUCAGAAACUAUAAUUAUAGAGAAAGAAGAAAAAAUCGUAAACAGUGCAGUUUCGAAGGAUUCUGUUAAAGAAAAGGAGACUAUUGUAGAAGAUCUCGAUCGUACACUUACAUUGCAAGAAGUAGACAUAAACUUUGCAUCGGAUGAAGAACAAUAUCAAGAAUUUCAGCCUCAACGACAAAGCACUGCAUUAUUGUUGAGCAGCAAACAAGCAGAUUUCGAAGAAUUUAGAUCCACAGUGGAAAAAGUUACUAAUGAGUUGCUCAAUCCCUCACAGGAACUUGUGGAAGAGACGGAUCAAUUUGUUAGCGCAACAGAUGAAAUUUUCCAAGAUCCUUCUACAUUCGAUUUCUUGUUAGCACGAAGUAAUUCCAAGCGUACAGAUCGUCUUAGAGCGGAAUCUUUGUAUGUUAAAUUUGAUCCAUUGAUAUCGAAUAUCAGCAUGUUGCCUCAAGGUAAUGUCCCGCCAAUAAAUGAAGAGCAAAAUGGCAAAAGCGAAUCUCCACUUCUCGAUGUUGGUACACCAAAACGUAAUCCUGCCAUAGCAGCUAUAGAUAGGCUGCUUUUUUAUAGUCCUCUUCCUAGCGGAACGGUGCAAAAAUUAGAGGAAGCUCAAGAGAAAAAUGAGCAACCACUAGAAGAGCCUAAAUCAGACGCACCGCUCAUUGCCGAUAUAGACAUGAGUAAGGAACUUGAAAUUGUAAGAACGACAGUACUACAAUUAGAAGAGGAAUUAGAGAAACAGAAGAAAGAAAACAAAGAACACGAAAUAGAAUUGGAAAGGCAAAAGGCAGCUCUUCAAGAAAAAAUUAAUAAAAUGCAGACACAAAUAGCACAAGAAAUAAAAACCAAAACCCAAAUGACGGUUGUUGUGGAGGAAUAUGAGAAAUCGAUUAGUAGAUUACUCACAGAGCGGGAGAGGGAUCGUACAAACUUUGAGCAAGAAAAGGCAAAGUUGCAAGAAGAGUUGCAAGCUGCAAAUCACCAUUUAACCAAUACGGAGGCGGCUUUUAAUGAUGUACAUCAAAAAUAUGAAAGACUCAAAGGAGUUGUAUCGGUGUACAAAAAUAACGAAGCUGUAUUAAAAGAAAGUAUUCAGGAAAAUGUAGAUACUAUAAAAACACUGGAGACACGAUACGAUCAAUUGAAGGAACAUGCAAUGACUCAACUGGAAAAAGCUAAUCUGGAGUUGGACGGAAUACGAAAGCAAAACGAGGCGGAAACGGUGAAGUUGCGUGCAAUGAUAAAGAAAGCAGAACUUAAGAGUAAUUCGCUCACUGAGCUUGUAGAGCAGAAAUCUAAGGAAAACAAGGAACUGGCGAAGAUCCUAGACGAGGUUAUCGCUAGGGUUGGGCAUGGAAACUCGGAGUGAAAAUAAGAAUAAAGACUAAUUGCGCCACGUGUCGCAAUUGUGACGCGGUUAGUCUAAUUUUUUUUUUUUUUUUUUUAUCAUUCACCGUCUUAAAUACAAACAUAUUUUAGGGUAACUGACGGACAUAUGUAUACAUGUAUUAACUCGAUAAAGUAUUGUAAGUUGCGUUUUACUUCACAAGAAAGCGCCUUUUAUUAAUUAUUUAUAUAAGUUGUGAAAGAUAACUAUUUUAAAGCUAAUAAAACACUAUGCUUAUUAAAAAAAAA